GCCGCUGGAAAGUAAACGGAGCUGCUUUGGUUUGGAAGGGGGAAAAGAGAGAGUCUCUGCGAACCACCGCCUGUCCGCUCACACCAUGAGAAGCCGGAAUGUUGUUUUAAUCCUGUCUAACUGAAGCUAUAAAAUGCUUGAGCAAGACAAGAAGACCAAAGUUGCAGUAAAAACAGCAGAUGCCAAACUCAAAAGAAGUCCAGACAAAGAAUAUUCAGACCUGAAGCGACUACUUAAUCUUUUGAAUGUACCAGCAAGCAAACAGCAGUUGCCAGCUUUAAAUGUUGACAAAGGCCAUGGAAUAGUCACUAAAUCACAACAACAACGUUUUGUUCAAGGGAAACAGAAUGAUGGAAUUCGAUAUGUGGAGCAGCAGCAACAGUCAACUGAAGCUGUGGAACUUGAAACUUUUAGUGUGAAUUACAAAAAUGAAAGAAAGUUCAGUUGUCAUCCUCAUCAAAAACUUUUUUUGGAGAUUUUUGUUGCACUUGUAAAGCAGAGGUUAACAUGCAGGCAAUGGGUGGACAGAGUUCCACCUGCUAAUUUUCUUCGGGUGUUAAUCUGUCUGAGAUUAAUAAUGAGAGAUCAAUUUUAUCAGAAAAUUUUCAGUGAACUUGGAGGAGUUGAGAGCUUGGCACAGUAUAUGGAAACAGUAGCAAAUGGAUACCUUGGAUAUGGAGGACAACAGUUUGUUGUUGACAGAUUGGUCACGGUGACAAAUAUUUUUCAAAAGCUAGCAGCUAUUAUAGAACAAAGAGAAUGGAUAAUUGGAUGUGGAGCCCACAAGACCCUAGUAAAGCUAUUGGCAGCCAAGCACAAUAAUGUACUACUGGGUGCUCUCCUUGCUCUCACCAGUUUGGCUGAAAGCCCAGAGUGCAGAGUGAAGAUAGGUGAACUCACCAUUGUAGAAAAUCUGCUAACAAUUUUACAAGAAUAUGACUUGCUAUCAAAAAGAAUGACUGCUGAGCUGCUUCGUCUACUAUGUGCAGACUCUCAAGUGAGAGAACAGGUGAAGAUUUAUGAAGGAAUUCCCAUUCUGCUUAGUUUGCUGCAUUCUGACCAUCUCAAAUUGCUAUGGAGUGUUGUAUGGAUUCUAGUUCAGCUGUGUGAGGAUCCAGAUACCAGCACUGAGAUUCGAUUGUGGGGAGGCAUCCAACAACUCCUUCACAUUCUACAAGGGGAUAGAAAUUUUGUAUCUGAUCGUUCUUCAAUUGGAAGUUUGUCUAGUGCUAAUGCUUCAGGAAGAAUUCAACAACUUCAGCUGUCUGAGAAACUAAGCAGACAAGAAAUUCAAGAGAAUACAUUAUCUUUGCAAGAAGCAUGUUGUGCUGGUAUCACUGAGCUGGUACUUAAUGAUACAAAUGCUCAACAGGUUGUACAGGGGAAUGGCAUUUAUGUCAUAGGGAAGCUAAUCCUGCCAAGAAAACAAAGGAAUGCACUAAAAACAGAAACCUUGCAGUGCUAUGCCUUUAGAGCUUUGCGUUUUCUCUUCAGUAUGGAAAGGAACAGACAAUUGUUCAAAAGGCUAUUUCCUCCUGACAUGUUUGAGAUGUUCAUUGAUGUUGGACAUUAUGUCCGUGACAUCCGUGCAUAUGAAAACUUGGUAACUAAGUUGAACUCUUUAACUACAGAUGAACUAAAACAAAUCACUGAAAAUAUAGAAGGAGUUAACCAAAAUAAAGCCCCAACAAAGUUUAUUGGUAAUUAUGCCAUUUUAGACUAUCUUGGGAGUGGAGCAUUUGGUAAUGUUUGUAAGGUUAGGAAAUACAGUGGACAGAAUCUGCUAGCAAUGAAAGAAGUUAAUUUGCACAACCCAGCUUUUGGAAAAGACAAAAAAGACCGUGACAGCAGUGUAGAGAAAAUUGUGUCUGAACUCACAAUAAUUCGAGAACAGCUGCAUCACCCAAAUGUAGUGAAAUAUUACAAGACUUUUUUAGAAAAUGAUCGAUUGUAUAUAGUUAUGGAACUUAUCGAAGGAGCACCCCUUGGUGAGCACUUUAAUUCUCUCAAAGAAAAGCAACAAAAGUUUACAGAAGAAAGAAUAUGGAAUAUAUUUAUCCAAAUAUGCCUUGCUUUGCGUUAUUUGCACAAAGAGAAAAGAAUUGUCCAUAGAGAUCUUACACCCAACAAUAUCAUGCUGGGUGAACUAGACAAGGUAACAAUAACUGAUUUUGGCCUUGCAAAACAGAAACAAGAAAACAGCAAAAUGACUUCAGUUGUUGGGACUAUAUUAUAUUCCUGUCCAGAAAUAGUGAAGAGUGAACCAUAUGGAGAGAAGGCAGACAUUUGGGCCGCAGGAUGCAUUCUGUAUCAAAUGGCAACUUUAAAUCCUCCUUUUUACAGCAGUAACAUGCUCUCCCUGGCAACAAAGAUUGUAGAAGCAGCUUAUGAACCAGUACCAGAAGGACUCUAUUCUUGCAAAGUAUUAGAAACUAUUAAAAGGUGUUUGACCCCUGAUUCAGAAGAACGACCAGAUGUUGUGGAAGUAAGUGCAAUGAUUUCAGAUGUUAUGAUGAAAUACAUGGAUAACUUAUGCACAAUGCAGAUAACAAUGGAGAAGAAGCUUGAUCGGGAGAGAAGACGCACACAGAGGUAUUUCAUGGAAGCUAACAGAAAUGUAAUGACUUACCAUCACCAGAUCUCCAUGCUAUCACAGGAGCAUUAUGAUAAGUCAAAUCUUGGAAGCAGCAGUGGAACAACCAGUCUGAAGAGUGAGUCAUCAGAAACCAAUGAUAGCACAUUAGGUGAUACACAUGCACAGCAUAUUAAAGAUGGGGAUGAGAGACUGAAUGAUGCAGUAUUUAUUGAGAAUAUUAAUUCUGCUGAGAACACAGAAAAAGAUAUAUGUCUAGAAAUGGAUGAUGAGUUGAACAUUUCAGAUCACUCCAGUAGUUCCAGUCCAAGCCCCAUAAAGGAUUCUACUCUGGCUACCUUACCAAGAAGUAUCAGUUCUAUUGGCACUGAGAGUCAAUACCAGGUUGAGUCUGAAGGAAAGCUGAGAAGCUCAAAUACCAAGUCUAGACCAGCAUCAGCAGGAAUAGCAGUGUCUCAACGGAAAGUACGCCAAAUCAGUGACCCAAUUCAACAGAUUCUUAUUCAGCUGCACAAAAUCAUCUAUAUCACACAGCUUCCACCUACUUUACAUCACAACUUUCGAAAAAGUGUUAUUGAACGGUUUAAAAAGUCAUUAUUCAGUCCACAGAGCAAUCCCUGCAAUUUGAAAGCAGAGCUUAAAAAGGUUCUUCAAGGGUCCCCUGAACUGAUUGAACUGAACUUUGUGACGGCAGAUUGUAAUUUAAUGCGGCAGACAUCAAGAGAAAAUGCGGCAUUCCCUGGAGACAGGGCAGGUAAAAAUAAUUGCUAUGAAUAUGAAGAUGGAAUAACAUAUGAGCAGAUGCAGACCAUGAUUGAAGAAGUUCUGAUUGAAAGUGGUUAUUAUGAUAUCUUGAACACUGUUAACAGGAAUUACACUUAUCCAUGGACAGUGAAGAACCAUUUGACUGCACGGCGAUAGUCUUCUUUUCAGACCUUCAUGAGAAAUCAUCAACAGAACUGCC